GGGUGGACCAUGGAGGAUCCAAGGCCCUUUGCGCGGGAAUGGUGCGCCCAAUCACUUCCCCUGAUGCGAGGAGGCGUUUUGAGGCUGUGGCUACUACUGCUGGAUUUCGGUUUGAACGCGACACUUCCUCAUGAAGAGGAUGUACACUUUAUCAAUGAGUAUGUGAACCUCCACAAUGAGCUCCGGGGCAACGUCCUCCCCCGAGGGUCUAACUUGCGCUUCAUGACUUGGGAUGUAGCUUUGUCACGGACUGCUAGAGCAUGGGGGAAAAAAUGUGUCCUUGAACAUAAUAAUCAUUUAGAAGAACUAAACAUGGCCCAUCCUGUAUUUAAUGGUAUUGGUGAAAAUAUAUGGGUUGGACCUGAAAAUGAAUUCACUGCAAGUAUUGCUAUCAGAAGUUGGUAUGAAGAGAGGAAAAUGUACAAUUUUGAAAAUGACAGUUGCUCUAGUGACUGUUCUAAUUAUAAACAGCUUGUUUGGGACUUAUCUUACAAAGUCGGUUGUGCUGCUACUUCAUGUACAAGAGUUGGACGUAUUAGAUAUGCAGUAAUUUUCAUAUGCAACUAUGCACCAGGAGGAUCUCUGUCAAGAAGGCCUUAUAGACCAGGAAUAAUUUGUGCUCAAUGUAGCAGAUAUGACAGAUGCACAGAUUUUCUAUGCAGUAAUGCAGAUCGUGACCAAUCCGUAUAUUACCGAUUUUGGUAUCCCAGAUGGGAAGUUCCUCGGCCAAUUGUGUGUGAUCCACUGUGCUUAUUUAUUUUCUUUCUGAGAAUGUUGUGUUUUUCAAUAUGUAUCAUAGUUGUUUUGAUAAUACAGUCUCGGUUUCCAAAUAUAUUACUGGAAGAAGAAAUGAUGCUUGCCUCUGAUCUAACUGAGGUAGAGCCAGAACAGUUACAGGAAAAGGAAGAGGAGAUGGAGGAAGAAGACAGGGCAAAGGUGGAGGAAGACGUGGAGGAAGAGGAAGAAUAUAAAGAAAAGGAAGAGGAAGAGGAAGGGGGUAAAGAGGAGGAAGGGGAGGAAGAGGGUGAAGAACAGGAAAAGAAGGAGAAGGAGGCAGUGGAGGAUGAAGAUUUACCACCACCAUAAGACAAAAGUGUAAUACAAAA